AGUCCGGGGGCGCCGCGGUCCCUCAAUGGAUUUGUUUUUUCUUUUCGAGCACGGCCAGCCAUCCCCCAGCCCGCCCCAGUCUCUGCACACUCAACUCCAGUGUUCAGCUGAGCAAGAAACAGAAAGUCCACCCCUCUACUCCGACAUCAUGAGGUUCUUCGAGACAGGCGCCGCGCUCCUCGCGCUCACGGCCUCGGCGGCCGCGCAGUGCUCGCUCCCGUCGACCUACCGCUGGACCUCGACGGGCUCGCUCGCGGACCCCAAGAACGGGGCGGCCUCGCUCAAGGACUUCACGCACGCCACGUACAACGGGCAGAACCUCGUCUACGCCACCACGGGUGGCAGCGGCUGGGGCUCGGUCAUGCUCGGCACCUUUAGCAACUGGAACCAGAUGAACAGCGUGACGCAGACGCGCAUGCCCAGCGGCACCGUUGCGCCCUCGCUCUUCCUCUUCCGGCCCAAGAACAUCUGGGUGCUGGCCUACCAGUGGGGGCCCACGGCCUUCUCUUACCGCACCUCGAGCAACCCGACCAACGUCAACGGCUGGUCGGGCGUGCAGCCGCUCUUCACCGGCAGCAUCUCCGGGUCCGGCACGGGCCCCAUCGACCAGGCCGUCAUCGGCGACGGCACAAACAUGUACCUCUUCUUCGCGGGUGACAACGGUAAGAUCUACCGGGCGCAGAUGCCGUACGCCAACUUCCCCGGCAACUUCGGCUCGGGCUCGACCGUGGUCAUGUCGGGCUCGACCAACGACCUGUUCGAGGCCGUGCAGGUCUACACCAUCGCCGGCGGCUCGGGCAACCAGCGCUACCUCAUGAUCGUCGAGGCCAUCGGCGGGCAGGGCCGCUACUUCCGCUCCUUCACCGCCUCGAGCCUGGGCGGCUCCUGGACCGCCAACGCCGCGUCCGAGUCGAAGCCCUUCGCCGGCAAGGCCAACAGCGGCGCCACGUGGACCAACGACAUCAGCCACGGCGAGCUGAUCCGCUCCGACCCGGACGAGAAGAUGACCAUCGACCUCUGCAACCUGCAGUUCCUGUACCAGGGCCGCGCCCCCAACUCGGGCGGCGAGUACAUCCGCCUCCCCUACCGCCCCGGCCUGCUUACCCUGCAGCGUUAAGCGUGUCGACCAUGGUA